GCUAAUCUGUAAAAUCUUUUCAAUUUCGAGAUCCAAAAAAAAAGUCGAAGUCAUUCACUCACUUUUUCUGAAACUCGCUACUCUGAAAUUUUCCCGCUCCACCGCAUCUAUACGGCGAAUGGAACCACCAAUUCCGCCGUCAGCGAGUGGCAUAGAAGAAGACGAAGAGUGGGAACUUUUCAACGACGAUGGCUUCGUUUACAAACGACAUAAGCGAAGCCGUAUCUCCGACGCCGCCGAAGAAACUUCGAAACCGCCGGAUCCGGAGUUAGAUCCGGUGGUAGAGGAGAGGAAUCGAAAGAUACGGAAGAAGAGGAUACUAGUGAAGCUCAAAAGGAAGUACCGGAGUGAGAUCGACCAGUGGGAGAUUCUGUCGAACAGUUUGAAUGCAAUAAAAGAGAAAGCAGAUCGAUUUCAAACGACGCAACGAGAAGAGAGGUUAAAUGCGAACGCAACGACGUCGUAUCCUGAGUCUUGUUCUGUAGAAGGAGCUCGAGAAUUUGGUGGAGGAGAUGCUUCUGCGCCGUCUUCUAUGCUCGACGGACUUCUUUUUAUGGCGGAAGCACAAGAAGCGGUGAUUAAUGACGUAUUGAAGAUGUGUGAAGUUGCAGAGAACAUAUGUAGAAUUGAAGAAGAAGAGAAGAAGCAGUCCUUCUUUGAUCUUCCCAUAUGGAGCUCACCAACGGAUCUAAUGACGUCGCUUUGUGCUGAUUAAUAUAAACCCCUUUAAAAAUUAAUCAUCUUUAGUGUGUUGUGUUGCAAUUGUAGAGUGGUUUUUUUUUUUUUCUGUGUUAGGCUUAAUUAGUGUUUCGGUUUUUGGAUUUUUAAUCAGUUUUUUAUAGCCUUAAUUUUCACAAAAAAAAAAAAGCUUUGAUUUGUUUCAGGUUUGGGGUUUAGAUAUAGAAAGAUGUGAAUCCAUUAAGAUAUGGUUA